CGGAAGAAUACAGUCGUGGUGCUGUGUAACGGAGCUUGUUGUCCUUGUCCUCUUGUCUCCACUACUUUGAACCAUAAGCCAAAGAUGACUUGUCUUCUCGACCUCUCACACGAGCUUCUCCAGGGCAUACUGAGCGAGGUCGACGGACAUGACCUUGCAGCAUUGAAUGCGACAUGUCGUGCCUUCAACUCCUUUGUCAAGGGCAAUAGAAUACUCUGCAAGAGUGUAUAUCUAAGAUCUUGGGACUCCCCAGCGGAGGCCGAACCUUGCUGGGAGACGUCGGUACGCAACUUAGUCGCACUCAAGAAGCUCCUCGAGAGCGAAAACCUCGAGACUAAGCGCGAAGCUUUCGAGUGGGCAGCUCCCUUGAUCACACCACUCUUGACUGUGAAGGAUGGUAAAAAGAACACCCGCUUCCUUGCCGACCUGUUCAAGUCACAAAACAACAUCGAUGCCUUCCUGGCUUCUUCGUCGCUCUUCGAGAGCGCUGGAAAUUUGACGCAACAACCAGCCACCACAUCAGAGCUCCGCCAGCUCGCCGCUAAACUACACUGCCUGUAUGGCGUGCCCAUCGAUUGCCAGAUCCCACCGAUGCUCGUCCACGAAGACAGCGACGACAACUCUCCAUCUCCAUCCUAUUCGGUUCUUUGGCAUCCAGACUCAGCUGCUGAGAGCGUUCAGAUUCCGACAAACAAUUACGCCCGUGCCGUAGUAUACGAUCUACGACGGUACACAGAAGAGAGUUUCUGGGGUCCUUUCAAGAGCGACGGAAGCCAGAAUGUCGACUGGGAAAAGGUGGAAGCCAUCAUGGUAGUCCUUGGGUACAACAUGCGCUUGUUCAACAGAAGAGCACCUCAUGUCUUUGAGCCUAUAUGGGAAACACCUUUCAACGGCGCCUCGCCUAAUUCAUACGUCUCUGCUCCGCCGAAAGGUCUUGUCCGAGAACCGAGUCCACCUGGCGAUCUGGACAUGCAGGAUCCGUACGGUAUCACUGGAGAGUGGAUGAGAGUCGUCUGUUUCCUGGAUUACCACGACUUAUUCGCAUUCAACUUCUUACACAGUGUUCCUGCUGAUCAACCACGGGAUCCGAUCAACACUCGCGAGGCAAUCAGAAUUAUUCGUCUCAAGCUUCGUGUGUCGGCAAUCGAACCACCUGGUCCAGAAGACGGUCAAGACUAUCCGGUCGUUUCUUUCACAGGCACAAGCUGGAGUUUGCACGCAAGUUGGGACGCGAACGCAAACUCACAAAUCAGAGGUGUGGUCCGUCAGACACCGGAAGGUGAGAUUCGCUGGACCACAUUUUCGAUAUUCCACAGCGAAGAACGCUGGCGAAGCGAAGGCAUUCAAGUCGGCGGCAUACGCUCAGGCAGAGGCGUCCUAGGCAACUGGUUCGACAAAGAUUUCGACCGCCACGGUCCCGCUGGCCCCACCGCAUUCUGGAAAGUAUCAGACUACAUCGAAGAUAAAGACGCCGAGGAAGGUGCACCUGAUGAUGCGUCUUUGGGCGAUGAUGAUUCGGACGGUGAUACUGAAUAUAUGAGUGAUUGAUUGAAAGAUCGAGGUUAUAACUGGAAAUGGUGUUUGAAGAUCUUACGAAUUUGGGGUGUUAUGGAAUAUGAAUGGAUUGGGCAGAGGAGGGAAUACACGAGGCAAUGUUUGGUGUUUAUGGCGUUGUGUUGUGAUUUGGGUUCAAGUGUUUCUAGAUUGACACGAUUCAAGAUAUGAUUAUCCCUUCC